CUAGUGACGACCCACAGGAACGGGACAGAAAAAAACAUGGGGAGAAUGUGAAAUAUAUUUUAGUAAAAAGUCUUCAGUUUCUACUCAAGAAAAGGAUGAUUCGAUCUGUCCCGGGUGGAAUAGGGAUUGAAAAGGAACCACUACACAGGAACAGCUACAACAGCAUCACCACAGUGCCCUGCCCUGCGAUCUGAGUGUGUGUUCCCUCCACCAGGGCACUGCGUGUGUAGCGCGUAGCUAAAUGGAGUCGGAGCAGCUCUUCAACAGGAACGGCUACUACAGGAACGGCUACAACAGCAUCACCAGCGCCAGCAGCGACGAGGAGCUGCUAGAUGGCGCAGGGGUUGUCAUGGACUUCCACACCUCUGAGGACGACAACCUUCUGGAUGGAGACGCCACCUCACCAGGAUCUAACUACGUCAUGUCUAACGGGGGCGGGGUGAUGAGCGGCACCACCCACCUGCUGGACUUCCUGGAGGAGCCCAUCCCGGGGGUCGGCACCUACGAUGACUUCCAUACCAUCGACUGGGUCCGGGAGAAGUGCAAGGACCGCGAACGCCACCGCAAGAUCAACGCUAAGAAGAAAGAUUCUGCGUGGGAGUUCACCAAGAGCCUGUAUGAUGCCUGGUCUGGAUGGCUGGUGGUGACGUUGACAGGACUGGCCUCAGGUGCCUUGGCGGGUCUGAUCGACAUCGCUGCUGAUUGGCUGAACGACAUCAAGGAGGGGGUGUGUCUGAAUGCCAUGUGGUUCAACCACGAGCAGUGUUGCUGGGGCUCCAACGAGACCACGUUCGCUGAGAGGGACAAGUGUCCUCAGUGGAAAAGCUGGGCGGGGCUUAUCCUGGGCCAGGAAGAGGGUCCUGGUUCCUACAUCAUGAACUACUUCAUGUACAUCUACUGGGCUUUGUCCUUUGCCUUGCUGGCUGUGUUACUGGUCAAGGUGUUCGCCCCCUACGCCUGUGGCUCAGGCAUACCUGAGAUAAAGACCAUCCUGAGUGGGUUCAUCAUCCGGGGUUACCUGGGGAAGUGGACCCUGCUGAUCAAGACGGUGACCCUGGUGCUGGCUGUAGCGUCUGGGCUGAGCCUGGGGAAAGAGGGACCCCUGGUCCACGUGGCCUGCUGCUGUGGAAACAUCUUCUCAUACCUCUUCCCCAAGUACAGCAAGAACGAGGCCAAGAAGAGAGAGGUCCUAUCUGCAGCGUCAGCGGCUGGGGUGUCUGUGGCUUUUGGUGCUCCCAUAGGAGGAGUACUCUUCAGCUUGGAGGAGGUGAGCUACUACUUCCCUCUGAAGACCCUGUGGAGGUCCUUCUUCGCUGCGUUGGUGGCAGCCUUCGUCCUCCGCUCCAUCAACCCGUUUGGCAACAGCCGUCUGGUCCUGUUCUACGUGGAGUACCACACCCCCUGGUACCUGUUUGAGCUUAUCCCCUUCAUCCUGCUGGGGGUGUUUGGGGGUCUCUGGGGGGCCUUCUUCAUCAAGGCCAACAUCGCCUGGUGUCGGAGGAGGAAGUCCACCCGCUUUGGGAAAUACCCCGUCCUGGAGGUCAUCUUCGUGGCGGCCAUUACCGCCGUGGUGGCGUUCCCCAACCCGUACACGCGGCAGAACACCAGCGAGCUAAUUAAGGAGUUGUUCACUGACUGCGGGCCGCUGGAGUCGUCCCAGCUUUGCCAGUACAGGAGCCAUAUGAAUGGGAGUAAGGCGUUUGUGGAUGCGUCACCUAACAAGCCGGCGGGAUCCGGGGUGUACACCGCUAUGUGGCAGCUGUGCCUGGCACUCGUCUUCAAGAUCAUCAUGACCAUAUUCACCUUCGGACUCAAGGUUCCGGCGGGCCUGUUCAUCCCCAGUAUGGCCAUCGGGGCGAUCGCCGGGCGGAUUGUUGGCAUCGCUGUGGAGCAGCUGGCGUACUACCACCACGACUGGUUAGUGUUCAGGGAGUGGUGCGAGGUAGGCACCGACUGCAUCACCCCAGGACUCUACGCCAUGGUGGGGGCUGCCGCAUGUCUGGGUGGUGUGACGAGGAUGACCGUGUCUCUCGUGGUCAUUGUGUUUGAGCUGACUGGCGGUCUGGAAUACAUUGUACCCCUCAUGGCGGCCGUCAUGACCAGCAAGUGGGUGGGCGACGCCUUUGGGCGCGAGGGCAUCUACGAGUCACACAUCCGCCUCAACGGGUAUCCUUUCCUGGACGCCAAGUCGGAGUUCACACAUACCACGCUGGCGCGGGAGGUGAUGCGGCCGCGGCGUAGUGAUCCGCCGUUAGCGGUGCUGACGCAGGACGACCUGACGGUGGAGGAACUCCAGGGGAUCAUCAACGAGACCAGCUACAACGGCUUCCCUGUCAUUGUCUCCAAGGAGUCUCAGAGACUCGUGGGCUUCGCCCUGCGCAGGGACAUUACCAUCGCUAUAGAUAAUGCGCGGCGAAAGCAGGAGGGUAUCCUGCUGACCUCGCGGGUCUACUUCACACAGCACGCCCCCACCCUGCCCGCCGACAGCCCGCGGCCCCUCAAGCUGCGCUCCAUCCUGGACAUGAGCCCCUUCACCGUCACCGACCACACGCCCAUGGAGAUCGUGGUGGACAUCUUCCGCAAGAUGGGCCUCCGCCAGUGUCUGGUGACGCACAACGGGAUUGUAUUGGGCAUCAUCACUAAGAAGAAUAUAUUAGCGCAUCUGGAGGAGCUCAAGGAACACACGGAGCCCCUGGCGUCUCCUUGGUAUUAUCACAAAAAAAGAUAUCCUUCGUCAUAUGGCCCAGAUGACCAACCAAGACCCCGACAACAUAAUGUUCAACUAGUCACCUCCUUCCCAGGUCGUCACGACGAGGAGAGCGAGGAGGAGGUGGUGCACCUACUGGAGGGUCAAGGCUCCUUUCUAUGACACACAGCCCCCGACCCCCAAACCUCCCACCCCAUGGAACCCUGUCCUUAACCAGACUGACUGAUCCCCACAGAACCCUCUAGUGGCCCCAGGAUGGAAGAGACAGACAGACAGACUAAAGAGACAUGAAAUGGCUGUUUUGAAGGAUGUUCCGUCCCCAUAGUCUUAGCUACUACGGACUGGGACAUAUAUACCCAAGGAACACACACAUACACACACCUCCACUCACAUACACUCAGACACACACAUACAGGAGCUCACACUCACUCAUACAAACACAGAUUCCACACAAGAGCAAGCUCGCGCACACUAGCCCAAUUGCACCUCACACACACACACACACACACACUCUUCAUGCUCCUCUACCCUUGUCCUCUUCCUAUUGGUUUAUGCUAGCGGACAUUGCUGUGAUCCUGAUGCCUAGCUGCCAGGGUGAGAGGUCAGAAUGAUCCGCGAGGAGGGACCUUCAGACACCUCGACUGCUGAUUGGCUGUCUGCCAUGUCUGUCAGUUGCCCUGCCAGGCUCUGCCCCCACUGUGUCCCUCCCUCACACCCCGUCCAUCCUCGAAAUAAUUGUUUACCUGUGAACUGUGUGUGAGAGAGCAAUAAAGAGUGCUUAUGUGUGUGUCACGAGCACCUCGACAUUCCAUUCAGGUUGUCAUAAUAACCCGAGACAGCACACUCUCCCACCCCCCUAAAGACAACCGCUGUCUAAUAUUAGACUGGGCCUCGACCCAAGGGAGAUUGCUUUAAUGUGUGUGUGAGGAGAGAGAGCUAGAGGGUAGUGAAGGGUACAAGCAGGAUGUACUGUAGUAGUUAGUUAAUGACUGACUGUAUGGAUGUGUGUUGUAGUUAAAGAUCUAUGUGAAAACAGAUAGUCAUCGGUUACAUUCUCCCUGUUGAAGUAAAGAACUGUGUGAGUGUCCAAUGAGGAUAGAGACCUAGAGACCAUCCCACAGUGAAGGUGGGCAGUUUGUAUAAAUAAAUAAAUGAAGGUUGAGUUAUUCUGUUUACUCUUAACUGGAGAUAACUUUUUCAUUUUUUUUUUGUACUAUUGCUACUACUUUUAGUAUUGAUAUCUACAUAAUCAAGUAACUUUUUACGGCUUGUAACGAGACAAAGUCAAGACUGGAAAACUGCACUCUUUUCUUUCCAAGUGAACAAAAUAAAUGAUGAUGAUGAUGUCGAUGGUAAUACUGCACAGUAA